AUGCCUGACGAAAAGGAAAAGUCUUCCUCAAUAUCUCGGUAUCUACGUCCCGAACGUUUUGACGUGGAACCCGCAGUGGCCGGCUCAGACCUGAAAUGGAUUCAUUGGAAGUACUCAUUUGAAAAUUUUAUCGCACAGGAAGCCGCUUCGGCUGACGAUGCCCUUAAGUACAAACUCCUUGUAAACCAUAUCUCGCCAUCGAUAUUUAAUUUCAUUCAAGCUUGCAACACGUACGUUGAUGCUAUGACCACUCUCAGUACCACCUACGAGAAACGAAAAAAUAUUACCUUGGCUCGGCAUCGUCUUGCUACUAGAAAGCAACAGCCUGGCGAAACGUUAGCUGAGUAUUCGAGAUCUCUUGCCAUUCUUGCUCGUGAAUGUCACUUCAAAGCUGUUACUGCUAAUGAACAUCAAAACGAAACCGUAUGUGGUACGUUCAUUGCCGGAAUAUUGUCACAGAAAAUAAGAGAAAGGCUGCUAGAAAAAUCUACUAUGUCUCUGGAAGAAACAUUGAAUCUGGCAAUAUCUUUAGAAACUGCUGAAAAUACUUCACGAUUACUUACAGUAUCAUCUCCAUCAACGUCUGCUGUUCCUGUUAAUGCAAUCUCUGAAACUCAAGCACCGCAACCACAGUUCAAUUUAGCAGCAACAAGAACUCAAAAUUUUCAAUACAGUCGCCCUACGCAAAGUGACCGCCGAUGCUUUUUCUGCGGUGGCAAUGUUCAUCAAAGGAUCAAGUGCCCCGCUAAUAAUGCCCAAUGUCAACUUUGCUCCAAAAAAGGACAUUUUGCAACCCUUUGCCGUAGUUCAAGACCAGGUCAACGUACAGUAAAUGUUAUUACCACAGACGAUGACGACGUUACUCAACCCCAAGUUACCGAUUCUCAUUUGUCAAUUAUAUCCGCUGCUGCUCCAUCCAGCCUACGCAAAGCUACCAUUCCUAUUACCUUGAACAACUAUCAAGCAGAUGCGCUACUCGACACCGGAAGUUCAAUCAGCUUUAUCGAUAAGAAUACUGCUCUAACCAUGAACCUUAAACGAAAGCCCUGUCGACAAGCGAUAACUUUAGCAUCUCUUAACAAUAUAUCGUAUGUCGAGGGACUAUGCUACGCUACAAUUCAGAUUGGUGAACAUAUAUACCAGCAUCAACCUCUGCUCAUUGUUGGCGAUCUGUGUGCUGACGUUAUCAUUGGGCAUGAUAUAUUAGGAAAACACUCAUCAUUUGAACUUCAAUUCGGAGGAGACAAAAGGCCCUUGAAAGUUUGCAAUGUAAUGGAGGCAUCUGUCCCACCAGCUUCAGUUUUUACCAAUCUUUCACCAAAUAUAAAACCUAUAGCUAUUCGCUCCAGACGGCAUUCUCAAGAAGACCAAGAAUUUAUAUCUAACGAAAUAAGCAACUUACUUAAAGACAAGGUUAUCGAACCCAGUAUCUCGCCUUGGAGGGCACAAGUACUCGUUACUAGUGAUGGCUAUCAUCGGAAGCGUCUUGUCAUUGACUAUUCCCAAACUAUAAAUAGAUUUACGGAACUAGAUGCAUAUCCUUUACCUAACAUCGAUUCUAUCAUAACUCAAGUCGCUAAAUACAAUAUUUAUAGCCAAAAACAACAAUACAAUACAUCGCACUAA